GAAAUUUAUUGGGCAAGUACUGUGGUAAUACUCUCCCUGAUGCUGUGGACACCUCUGACAGUUUUGCUUAUGUCAAGUUUGUCACUGAUGGAUCAGUCAAUGCCCGGGGAUUCAGACUGCGCUUCGAUUCCAGUUCUGAAGAAUGUGGUGGGGAUUUUACUGCCCCUGUUGGAACAUUUACUUCACCCAACUAUCCUAACCUAUACCCACAUAAUCGAGUGUGUGAAUGGAGGAUCACAGUGGAAGAAGGCCGACGUGUGACUCUAACCUUUAAUGAUAUGAAAACUGAAGAACACUGGAGGUGCUUGUCAGAUUAUGUGGCUGUUUACAAUGGCCUCAGAGAGAACUCUCCCCGGCUGGCCAAGCUGUGUGGUGAGGUAAAUCCAGGCACUGAAGUGAAAUCCUCUGGAAACACAAUGAAAGUCAUUUUGGUGACAGAUAUGUCCCAUGCAACCAGAGGCUUCAGUGUCUCAUACGCAUCUAGUGAAGAUGCAGUUUGUGGUGGAACCCUGAUGGGAUAUGCAGGUGGCAAUUUCUCUUCUCCUGGUUAUGAUGGUGUAAAAAAUUACACAAGUAACUUGAACUGUGAAUGGACCAUUGAAAACCCCUCCCACUAUAAUUCAUCCAUAUAUAUCUCUUUUGAGGAUUUCCACUUGGAACAUCACCAGGACUGCCAGUAUGACUACCUGGAGUUACGAAUAGGGGAUGCUGAUGGAGAGCUAAUAGCCAGACUUUGUGGUCAGGCUGCACCAUCUGUGCCACUAGUCAUAGCUGCCCCCCAGAUCUGGGUACACUUUGUAAGUGAUGAAAAUACAGAAGAUAAAGGAUUCUUGGCCCAUUACACAUUUGAAGCCUGUGGUGGUAUACAGUCAGGUGAAAGGGGAGUUGUCUCAAGUCCUAACUACCCAGAGCCUUACAGCAACCUGAAUCGCUGCUCCUGGUUGUUGGAAGCCGCUGAAGGUGAAACCAUCACUCUUACUUUUACAGCCUUCCACAUUGAAAAUCAUUCGCUUUGUAAGUGGGACUCUCUUACCAUCCUGAAUGGCGGCUCUCCUGGGUCUCCUGUCGUAGGAAAGUAUUGUGGAAACACAUCCCCUGGGACUAUUCGGUCUGGUUCCAGCAAGCUAGUCAUCAUCUUUAACUCUGAUCACUCAAUUCAAGGAGGUGGCUUUUAUGCAACAUGGACAGCAGAAUCUCUAGGAUGUGGUGGAAUCAUUCAUUCAGAUAACGGUAUGAUUAAGUCUCCUCAUUGGCCUCAAAACUUUCCUGUGAACACCAGAUGCACAUGGACCAUCAUUACGCACGAAAGCAAACACUUGGAGAUGAACUUCCACAGUAACUUCCAGAUCCCAGAUAGCAAUGGAAGUUGCCAGAGCAGUUAUGUGAAGGUGUGGAGAGGAAAUGAUGAAGAAGAAGCAGCUUUGUUAACCACAGGAUGUGGAAGUUCAGCUCCUGAUCCUGUUGUUGCUCCAAACAAUGUGAUAACUACAGUUUUUCAGUCUCAGGAUGCUCCUGGGACAGGUUUCUCUGCAUCUUUCAUAAGUAGAUGUGGAGUAAAUUUCACCAGCCCUGCAGGUCGUAUCGUCUCUCCUAACUACCCUAGUCAGUAUGAUGACAACUUGAACUGCAGUUAUAUCAUAGAUCAGGGACCACAGUCACUAGUGAUUCUAGAGUUUGAGACUUUCCACUUGGAAGCACUCUUGAGCAGAAUUUGUCUUUAUGAUGGAGUAAGCAUCUACAGUGGGACCAGGGUUACCCCACAUCCUCUCAUCACACUCUGUGGUAAUGAACUCCCUGCCCCAGUCAGCGUCUUUGGACCUAUGCUGCUCAACUUCUACACUGACUCUCACAUUGCAGGCUUUGGAUUCCAGGCAAGAUACAGAGCAAUUGCUUGUGGUGGCAAUUUCAAUGGCUCUGUUGGUGUUAUCAGCAGUCCGGCCCAUUCAGUUCUUGAUUAUCACAACAACAUGAACUGCUCGUACUACAUCACUGUUGGAAAUGGCAAAGUAGUGGCCCUCAAAUUCAACAGCUUCCAGCUUGAAAUAUCUCCCUCCUGCUACAAAGAUUAUGUGGCUGUAUAUGAUGGCUCAGACACUCAUGCUCCUCUCCUCGGGAAAUUCUGCGGCUCAGAACUGCCUCCGAAUAUUAAGAGCUCCAGUAAUAACUUGUUCCUCAUGUUUAACACUGACUUCUUUGGGGAGGACCGGGGAUGGAAAGCAUCUUUCAGAGAGACCUUAGGACCUCAGAAUGGCUGCGGUGGUUACUUGACAAAUUCAGCUUAUAGCUUUGGCUCUCCAGUCUCCAAUGUGACCAGAAGAUAUGAGAAAAAUCUGGACUGUGUAUGGAUCAUAACUGCACCUGUAAACAAACUGAUCAACCUCACCUUUACUUCAUUUGUGCUUGAAGCACAGUCUGCUCAGACUUGCCGAUAUGAUUAUGUCAAACUUUAUGAUGGAGAUAAUGAAAAUGCCAAUUUAGUUGGCACAUUCUGUGGGUCAACGGUGCCAGCUCCUUUUCUUUCUACCCGUAACUCAUUGACUGUGAAAUUUAUCACAGACAAUUCUGUGGAAAGGGAGGGUUUCAAUGCAACCUACACCACAGUGGAUCGACUGUGUGGAGGAGUAUAUAAUGCAACUUCUACAUCCCUGACUACAACGUCUCCUAACUUCCCGAAUGAAUAUCCACCAUUUACUCUCUGCACUUGGGUCAUUGAUGCGCCUCCGCAGCAGCAAGUCAGGGUGAUGGUAGAGGCCUUUCACCUCCAUUCCGGCCAGGACUGCUCUCAAAACUACCUAGAGCUCCAGGAGUCACCAACACAUAGCCAAGGAUCAGUCCAUAGAUUCUGUGGCUCUGAAACUUUUCCAGUCCCUGAAUUUUAUUCUUAUGAUCGCACUGCCAUCGUGACUUUCAAAUCAGAUGAAUAUAUGAUUAAUAAUGGAGUCAGAUUUACCUAUCAAGCUACAGGUUGCAACAGAGAGUAUAACCAGCCGUUUGGUUACCUGAAAAGCCCCGGCUGGCCUGGUCGUCAUCCCAAUAAUAUGGACUGUUCUGUCAUUCUACGAGCUCCCCCGAAUCACACAAUUUCUCUCUUUUUCCAUGCUUUCCAUUUGGAGGACAGCAUCCAGUGUUCACGUGAUUUCCUAGAGGUCAGAAAUGGGAGUGAUGUGCAAUCACCACUACUUGGCAGGUUCUGUGGAAACACUGUGCCCAGUCCCAUCUUCCCCAAAAAUCGCAUUGUCUACCUUCGUUUCAAGAGUGAUUUUUCAGGGGCUCAUGAUGGAUAUGAAAUUACUUGGACUUCAUCAUCAAGUGGAUGCGGAGGAACAUUAUACGGCAGCACUGGCUCAUUUGCUAGUCCCAGCUACCCUGCAACUUACCACAACAACACUGACUGCGAGUGGGCCAUUACUGUGCCCAAGGGACAAAUUGUCACAGUGAACUUUGAUUUCAUCAGCAUCGAUGACCCGGGGGAUUGCAGCAGCAACUAUCUCAUCCUUCACAAUGGGCCAGAUGCCAGCUAUCCCCCAGCCGGGCCGUACUGUGGGAUGGACACAAACAUCGCUCCAUUUACUGCUACAUCUCAUCAAGUCUAUAUAAAAUUUCAUGCUGAAUAUGUGACUUUACCAUCAGGAUUCCACUUAAGCUGGACGAGCUAGAACACUGUUUAGGAGAAAUGUAUUACUGUUCUUUGCUGUACUGAAGAGACUAUAGAUCAUAAAAUAAGUUUGAAAUCCGGUUAUGAUAAUUGCAACUGAAGUAAGGCCUUUUAAAAAUUACUGUCAGUGUAGCUGUAAUGAAUUUGGAGUUCUGUCAAAAAAAGUGAUCUCCCAUUGUACUGAAAAUAAACU